AUGAUCAUCGCGCUAGACCCAGAGGCUCGGAAACAACGGCUUCAAGACUCUGAUUCUAGACCGAUGUCGGAAACCAACAACGGCAGAAUCAUCGCUAAACAUCCCUCGCUGAAGGUUUUGUCUCACAAACAGAUCAAGACCACAAUCUACAUCAAAUCCAAGACGCCAUACAUCUCAGCACUCAAGAGAGUGUCCAAGUUUUUGAGCCAGUUACCGAGACACGGAGCAGAGUAUGUGACAAUUAUGGGUAUGGGAAAAGCUGUGGAGAAGACUCUUUCGGUGGGCUGUCAUUUCCAGGAGGAAAAGGGUAAAAGAGUAGUAGUGUUAACUCAGACCGUUGCGUUGCUUGACGAUAUUUUGACUGAGCAAGACCCAGGCGAAAGUGCCGAAGAUAUGGAAGACGACGACAAAGAAACAGUACUACGAAAAAGAACCGUGAGUGGUGUAGAGCUGCGAAUAUAUUACUAG